CUUCUCUCUCUCUCUCUCUCUCUCUCUCUCUCUGUGCGUGAGGUGCCAACAGUUCAUAACGCCACGAACCAAAACCGUUCAUUCAAUCUUCAUCUUAGGAUCAUUCACGCACACAACACGCCGUUACGUUUCUUCAUCACCAGAUCAUAAAAGCAUCAAGAAGAAGGUGAUCUGAUUCUGAUCACGUACUUCGGGGAAAACGUGUUCCAAAAGAGACAAGCUAUCCCAUAUCUUUACCUUUUCUUUAUUCCUCUCUCUCUUCUGUGUUCUGGUUUUGAUUUAUUUGUCCCAAUUCACUACUCUGUGCUUAGCUUCGUCGGGGCGUAUGUAUGAGGGUGAUAAGAUAGAUAGAUAGUCAAAGCUAUUCAUCAAGUGAUUCAUUCUCACAGAAGGAGAAGAUGACGUGGUGCAACGAGUCAUCAGACGAAGAGGAGCAUAAUAAUAAUAAUAAUAACAGCAGCAAUAAGGCGAUUCAGAUGGUUAAUUCGGCCUCCAUUGUUACUCCUCCUCAAGCUUCUGUCGUACAUGAUCAAACCCUCACAACAAAGAGAGCCUCCGAAAUUCGAACCAUUACUUGCCCUUCAUGUGGUCAUAACAUUCAGCUCCAAGACCAGGGUGGGAUUCAUGAGCUUCCAGGGCUACCAGCAGGAGUGAAGUUUGAUCCAAAUGAUCAGGAAAUAUUGGAGCAUUUAGAGGCAAAGGCUCUGUCUGAUGUGCGUAAGAUUCAUCCUCUCAUAGAUGAGUUCAUUCCAACGCUUGAAGGCGAGAAUGGAAUCUGUUAUACUCACCCAGAAAAGCUUCCUGGUGUAAGCAAAGAUGGACAGAUCCGGCAUUUCUUUCACAGGCCAUCAAAAGCAUACACAACAGGAACAAGAAAGCGAAGAAAGGUCCACACAGACGAAGAUGGAAGCGAGACAAGAUGGCACAAAACAGGCAAAACAAGACCAGUCCUAUGGAAUGGUUCUGUCAAAGGUUUCAAGAAGAUCCUCGUCCUCUACACCAACUAUGGCAGACAGAAGAAACCAGAGAAGACCAACUGGGUUAUGCAUCAGUACCACCUUGGAUCCAACGAGGAAGAGAAAGAUGGAGAGUUAGUUGUCUCCAAGGUUUUCUUCCAGACACAACCCAGACAAUGUGGUUCCAUUCUUACUAAGGAUCCAUAUGACCAAAAAGGAUUACUAAACAACAACAAUGAUGAUAACAACAAUAAUAUGAUUCUUCAUGACAGUACAGCAAAUAUUAUAGGUAAAGAAGCAGCAGCAGCUUUUGUGGACUAUUACAGUAAUGCCCCUUACAUAAGUUAUGACCCUGUGGGUCAUAAUAGUAAUAACUCAGAAAGCUCCCCUCAACUUAUUCCAAACUUGGUUCUUCAAGGUGACCAUGCUUCUUCCUUUAUCCGUUUAGCAAUGGAUCAUCCAAACAAAGCAAGACUUGACAGAAAAAUGUAGUCCUCCUCGAUCGUUGAUCAUCAGACAUACAACGAUCGAGCUUCUUGAUGCAUGGAUCGAUCCCCUGAAGUGUACGUGUGGAUUCUAAAGUUUUCCAAGUAAAGAGAGAGAUAGAUACAUAAUAGUGGGCUCUACUUCCAACAUGUGGAUCUCGUAAAAAGGAGGCUUAUGACUAUCACGUAUCUGUCUCUCUCUACGCUUUAGUUCGGGACCUAAAGGUUUCUUGAUAGUACAGCAUUAACAUACAAUAUAUGCAUAUACAUUUAAUUAUGGCCAUAUAUAUUUCAUGUGCUGAUAUAUGUAUCUGAUCGGUUUAGUGUAUGUACAGUGAGUGUAUGCAAGAGUUGAUCUGUUGUUAUUAUAUUAUGAAUAAAUAAAUGUAUUUAUUUAUUUGAU